AAGCAUGACUGACUGACUGACUGACUGACAUAAACAAGACGGGAAUCACUCCUGAAGGAAGAGGAGAGCCACUCACUCACUCAGAUAAUCAUCAUGUUCCAAAUAUGUCGGCGGGCGUGUCAGACCCCAAGGAAUGUCCUCAGACUACUGGCAGUCCCUCGCUACGCCUCUUUCAAAGCGCCGGAUGCCGCCGCGUCCAACGAGACGGUAGUCUCGGAUUUGGAUCAGAUCCCCGCCGAACCAGGCACGGCCGCCAGUUCCGAGCGGCCGUCUCGCCGUUUCGUGUUCCACGACGAGGACCUGGACAACGAAUCCUCCCGCAUCCGACCCCCGGUGCCACCUUCGCGUGAGACCAUCUUCCGCCAGUACCCGCCUGAGUCGCUCGCCGGCGUGACCCGCUAUGCUUGGCUCGAGACCCUGGAUGCGUCUGAACCGCGCACGGACCGCUUGUUGGCCUUACAUCCCGAGAUUUGGGCGGCUCGUCCCCGAUUGGACAACCUCUUCCACAAUGUGGAAUGGCAACUCUGGUACAAGGACGUGUGGUACACCCACGAGCGCAAUCCCAAGCAAAUGCCGCCGGGCAUUGGUCGGCCGUGGCCGCAGAAAGGCACGGGUCGGGCUCGCCAUCGGACCAUCCGCUCGCCGUUGUGGGUGGACGGGGGUCGGUGUCACGGGGCGCAGAAUCCCCGCUCCCAUUUCUACAUGUUGCCCUACAUGAACCGCUUGAACGGCUUGAUUCACGCGCUCUCCGUCAAAUUCGCCCAGGAUGACGUGCACAUCGUACGCGAUCUCCACAUCCCCAGUCCCGACCCCGAAUAUAUCGAGGACUUCAUCGAGAAUCAAGGUUGGUCCUUGUCCACGUUGUUUGUGGACACGGACGAUAUCAUGCCGGCCAAUAUCACGGCCGCGACGGAGAAGAUCAAUCAUUUCAAUCUGAUGCCCGUGUACGGCUUGAACGUGCAUUCCAUGUUCUACCACAGCACGUUGGUCUUGACCGAGUCCGCCCUGAAUACCAUCGAGUCCAAGCUCUUGUUCGGUCUGCAUCGCACCGAUCGGACCGAUGUCGCCAUCAACAGCAUGCGGACGCCGCGACCGCCCAAAUUCGAUUAUCGAACCUAUUAAAAAUGCUAACCCCCCCACCCUCUAGGCCCUGGUCCGAAUUGAAUAAAUUGAACCCCAACCCAA